UAAUAAAGCUACGCAGGCAGGCGAGGAACAUAAGAAUACUCCACGUAUUUUCUUAUACGCUCUCAUCUUUGCAAUUAUGUCGACUCAGCGAUGAUGCUCGCUUUCGCCUGGACUAUCCAGAUGCGUUUAGCAAUUUCUUCAUCAGGUGCUGCUCACAAAGCUCUUACAAAGACGCUGACUGAAGAAUAACAGCGCGCGCUUCGCAGAAAAAGACUGCACUUGAAAACGUCCCUGUGAUAAAGGAUUUGUUCCAACGAUGAAAACCAACGUGACCUGCAAAGGACACUCGGAUGUGCCUUAACACGUUUUGGACGACCUAACUUACCGGCUUCGGUGGACGUCGCUUUUCAAACAGCCCAGCAGGAGAAACAGUCAGUCAGUCAGUCAUGGUGGGGAAUGGAGGGGUGUAUGCGGUGAAGAAAAGAAAGAGACCCGUUCAAAAAAUACUUAAUGCUGUGAACCAUGAUGAUGCAAAGUCAACCCCCUCUAAGCGCCACCGGAAUCGGCUAAAUGGGGAGCUGGACAAGCUGACGGCACUGUUGCCCUUCUCCGAGGAUGUGAGAGGACGCUUAGACAAGCUGUCCAUCCUCCGUCUCAGUGUGGGUUACCUUAAAGUCAAGAAGUUUCUCCAAGGAACUUUGAGGAGCAGUGAUGGGAAAGCGUUAUUCUGUGAUAACAAUGGAAGGACAGCAACUUCAAUAGAUGGGGUCAGCUUCUCCGAAGGGGAUCUUUUGCUGCAGGCUCUCAAUGGUUUUGUGCUGGUGGUGAACACUGAGGGCUGCAUCUUCUACACCUCUCCAACUAUACAAGACUGCUUGGGUUUCCACCAGUCAGACCUUGUUCAACAAAGCAUUUAUGAGCUGAUCCACAUUGAUGACCGCGCUAUGUUCCGAUGCCAGCUGCACUUUGCCUUCAACCCAAAGAGUACUGGAGAUGUGCAGAGUUACAGUCCUCAGCAUCUUCCCCCAGAAAACUCAGCUUUCCUGGAGAGGAACUUCUGCUGUCGCUUUCGGUGUCUUUUGGAUAACUCUUCAGGCUUCCUGGCCCUGAAUUUUCAGGGGAGGCUGAAAUAUCUUCAUGGAGAAGACCACAAUGUGGAGAGAAGCUCGUCAGCUCAUUCACAACUCGCUCUGUUUGCAAUCGCCAGCCCUGUUCAGCCUCCAGGCAUUCUACAGAUCAGGACCAAGACCCUCAUCUUCCAGACCAAACACAGGCUGGACUUUGCACCACUGAGCAUAGACACCAGGGGGAAGAUGGUUUUGGGCUAUACAGAAAUGGAAUUGUGCACGAGAAGGUCUGGCUACCAGUUCAUUCACGCUGCUGAUAUGAUGCACUGUGCAGACAAUCACCUAAGAAUGAUAAAGACUGGAGAAAGUGGAUUCACCGUCUUCAGGCUCCUGACUAAGAACGGAGUGUGGGUCUGGGUUCAGGCCAAUGCCAGAGUGGUGUUCCAGGGAGAGAAGCCUGAGUUCAUAAUAGCUCGGCAGAAACCCUUAACAAAUGAAGAAGGUGAGGAGCAUCUACGUCAAAGACGACUGCAGCUUCCCUUCAGCUUUGCAGGAGAGGCCGUCCUGUAUGAAAGUUUGGAGGUGCCAGAAAUGCAGAACAGUUUACCCAGAUCCACAAAGAGGAGGAGAUCUGCGCAACAGAAGGACCUGGACCCUGACUCAUUGCUGGGUUCCUUACUCAGACAGGACCAUUCUGUCUACAUCCAUCCACCAGAGCCGGAAAUCCACUGCCCUCUGGACCAGGCCUUCAUGGACAGUCAUGCCCUUCUCAGUGUCCCUACUGAUGGCUGGAGGAUGGACUCUCUGGAGCCCAGCUUUAAUCAGGACUCCAUGCUGAAGUCCCUAGAAAAGAUCCUGGGGAAGGAAAGUGCAGAGGGAGCUCUGAAGAAGCUGGAGGUGGACCAGAUGCAGCUGAAGGAAUGGGAGGAUGCCUUAUUGGGGAUACAUCUAGAAAAAGGAGAUGAACCUACUCAACUGAAUGACAUUCUGGCUAAUGAUGUUUUCUCGUAUGUAGAAGAGGCUUUGUUGAAAGAGACCAAUAUGAACGGCUAUAAGCAGACCAAACAUCAGGAAACAGAAAAGUGGAAAGACGCAACUUCAGGUGUUUCUCAAAGUGACCCUAUGGAGCUGCAUCAAACCUGUAUGUUGCCUGAAAAACCCAUGAAGGUCCAUCAAACGUUCAGAUGUUCAGGCAGGUUCACAAAUUCAAAACCAGGUGCUUACAGGUUUGAAGACCAAAGUACAUUGAAUAGGAGAAGCAUGAAUGACUCUCAUGGGUUUCUGGAUCCACUGCACUCAAGAAGUCUGGGUGAGGGCAUCAGCUGUGGUUCUAGUCCUGCCACUGUUAGUUUCCAACUUCCAUUUCAUCCUCAGCCUGAAUCCACAAAUACCUUGAAUCUACGUUCUUCACGGAGAUCUCAAUUCACAGAUUUUGGCUUAUCAAAUGUUUUUCAAAGCAGUAAAGAAAAUCCCAUGUCACAAAGUCAACAUCCAGUGGACCCGAGCAUUUCACAGCCAUGGGAAGAUCAACAGGUUGAUCCUCAGAUGUUCAGUUAUGGUCAAAAGGACUCUUUUUGCUAUAAUCCCACAGCAUCACAGCACAUACAGAAGGGUCAGUCACAUACAACAUUUAAUGUGCAGGACAGAGUUUCCCAUGACCAAGCUAAGAACGGUUCUCAUACAUCCACAACACCACAGAGCUUAGAAGGCCUGUACAGUAGCUGCAUGGUUAAGAUGAGUAUAGCAGGACAGCUGGACAGCCAUGGGCCUCCACUGUGACCGGUUUCAGCUAUCUCUCCUAGUAUAUUCACUAUGUUAUUGCAGUCUAUAAUGAUGUCUAGAGAGAUACCACAUGUAGCCGUAUAUAUCUGUGAGACGAAUCCUGAAAGGCCUCUAUUGAAGUAUAUGACAAUUACAGCAGUUCAAAAGUCUGAAUAUUA